UAAGUGUUCAAUGCAUGCGAUUAUAAUAUUCAUAGAACGUCGACUAGCUGGUUGUACUAUUAUCAUUUAAUUUACGUUGGUAUGUUAACUGAACGCUGAACACUAAACUAUUGAGAGUUUGUUUGAUUAUUAACUAAUGACAGAGAAAACAAAGUACAACGAAGACACGGUGGCAGUGUGGAAACUACCGUUAGCAGACGGUAUUCAUGAAAUAGAAUUUGAACACGGGACAGCAACUGGUAAAAGAGUAAUUAGAUUGGAUGGAAAAAUAGUGAGACGAAAAGACUGGAUGUUUCGAUUAGUCGGAGAUGAAGUUUUUGAUAUAGACAAGAUACAAUGCACUAUCAAAGUAGAACCAGAUGGAUUGUUUAUGUACUCAUACGAUUUGUUGGUUGACGGAAAGAGCUUGGAAGAUUUUUGCGAAUACAUUUCAAAAAAUCGAUCUACCUGGCUAAUUACUGCGGACAAUGGAGUUGAAAAUCGAAUUAUGCUCGAUAAAGCAACUAUGGAUAUUUUUGUAAACGGAACUCAAGUUACAGAUGCAAUGUCUGAAUUCAUUGAAAAUGGGACAGAAACACAUUUUGCUGUAGGUGAAAUGUUAGUAACAAUACGAACUGAACAUAGUUGUGAUAAAAAAAUUGGUGUCGUGCAUAGUCUAUUCGUGAAUGAUGCUAUAGUUUCAGAACUAUAAUAUUUUAUGAAUUACUUUUUUAAACUAAUUUAAUGUUAUUAAGUGUUAUAUAAAAUAAGUUACCAAGC